AUGCGCACUGCGGCUGACCCCUCCGGUUUCUGCGUGCACUGCCACGUUAGUAGCGGUAGACACAAAACACCAGCUACUCUCCCAGCCCAGAGACGGGAAAAAACGGACCGGACACCGAGACGAAAUUUCUGCCUCGAACCCGCCGCUGACCGCGCCCGCAACUUUAGUGUCACUGUGAGGAGAAAAUCAUCGACGGCGACUAUGUUUAAGCUUUUGCUCUUGUGCACGCUGGCCGUGGCCAGCAGGGCUGAAAUCUCCGAGGAGGAAGAUGUCCUGGUGCUGAAGAAAAGUAACUUCGAAGAGGCUCUCCAGGCUCACCCCAACAUGCUGGUUGAAUUCUAUGCACCGUGGUGCGGCCACUGCAAGGCCCUGGCUCCAGAGUACGCCAAGGCCGCCGGCAUGCUGAAGGCGGAGGGCUCCGCGCUCCGCCUGGGGAAGGUCGACGCCACCGAGGAGACGGAGCUGUCCCAAGAGUACGGCGUGCGGGGGUACCCCACCAUCAAGUUCUUCAAGGGUGGAGACAAAGAGUCUCCCAAAGAGUACUCAGCUGGCAGACAGGCCGAUGACAUCGUCAACUGGCUGAAGAAGCGCACGGGGCCGGCCGUCACCACGCUCACGGAGGUCACCGAGGCCGAGUCUCUGAUCGCCGACAACGAAGUGGCAGUCAUCGGCUUCUUCAAGGACGCCGCAUCUGCCGACGCCAAAGCCUACGAAAAGGCGGCCGAGGCCACAGACGACAUCCCCUUCGCCGUGACCGCCAGCGACGCCAUCUUCUCAAAGUUCGAGGUCUCCAAAGAUGGCGUCGUCCUCUUCAAGAAGUUCGACGAGGGCCGGAAUACCUUCGAUGGCGAGAUGACCAAAGAAAGCAUCCUGGCCUUCGUGAAGUCCAACCAGCUGCCCCUGGUCAUCGAGUUCACUGAGCAGACCGCCCCAAAAAUCUUCGGUGGAGAGAUCAAGUCCCACAUCCUGAUGUUUCUGCCCAAAGCUGCCUCCGACUUCCAGGACAAAAUGGACCAGUUUAAGAAAGCCGCGUCGGGAUUCAAAGGUCAGAUCCUCUUCAUCUUCAUCGACAGCGACGUGGACGACAACCAGCGAAUCCUGGAGUUCUUCGGCCUGAAGAAAGAGGAGUGCCCCGCCGUCCGCCUCAUCACCCUGGAGGACGAGAUGACCAAGUACAGGCCGGAGAGCAAAGACAUCACGGCCGAGAGCAUCACCCAGUUCUGCACGCUGUUCGUGGAGGGAAAACUUAAGCCCCACCUCAUGAGCCAGGACAUCCCCGAAGACUGGGACAAAACCCCCGUCCGGGUGUUGGUGGGCAAGAACUUCGAAGAGGUCGCGUUUGAUCCUACAAAGAACGUCUUUGUUGAAUUC